AUCACACACCACUCUCUCUGCACUCUCGUCUUUGCAAAAUUCAGAAGAAAAAGAAAACACUACCAAAAUCUCACUCUGUAGCACUGUGAAGGAAGUUGGAAGAGAUCUAAGAUCUUUAAAUCAAUGGAAUGUGAACCUGAAAGAAUUGAUGAGGAUCCCGAAGUUAUGGAAAGUUCUACUAGUAAGGAAUCAGUUAGUUGUCAAGGAGAUGUUGUUUGUGAACCACACUUAGGUAUGGAAUUUGAUUCCGAAGAAGCUGCAAAAGUCUAUUAUGAUGCAUAUGCCACACACAUGGGCUUUGUCAUGCGUGUUGAUCGCAGGUCACUGCGUGAUGGAAAGACAUAUUGCCGUCGACUUGUUUGUAACAAAGAAGGUUUUUACAAAGGUAAUCCUAGUAAGAACGAAAAUACGAAGCCUAGAACACUUACACGCGAAGGGUGUAAGGCAAUGAUCAUGGUAAAGGAGGAUAAAUCAGGUAGAUGGGUUGUUUCGAGAUUUGUUAAAGAGCAUAAUCAUCCCUUGGUCAUUUCUUCUUCCCCCUUCCGUCGUAGCUGGCUUCAAACACAAAACCCUGAUGAAAAAGAUAAGAAGAUCCAAGAAUUGGCGACUGCUCUACAGCGGGAGAAAAAGCGGUCUGCAUCUUAUCAAGCACAAUUACAUAUGGUUUUGAAAGAUAUCGAUGAACAUGCAGAACACCUAUCAAGAAAGUUGAAAGAUGUUGAUUCUAGAGGAAAAGCUUAUACAAUCACCUUACAGUCUCCAGCUGUUUAGAAGCACCCACUGCCUGAAGAAGAUGGUGUUUUCUGGUCAUCACAUGAUCCUAAGUGUUGGCUAUUACACCCCAGGACAGUCAAACUCAACUAUUUCAAUGGGGUGCCAAAUUGCCGAUGCAUAUAGCUACAUGCAAUAAAACUCUUUCUGAUGUAUGGUGGAGUUCUUGAGACGAUGACUGUUGAAGCCCUCCGCGUCUCUCUAGAAACUAUGGCAUUGCUAAGUUCUGAAAAACAUUUAACAGGUGCUUUCAGUAUGUCAGUGCUGUUAUUAUAGUAAUAGGGAUCAUUUGUAAGUAUCCUUCUGUGUUCUUGCUGAAGUAUAAUGAAUAUUCAUUGCCUGGACCAGAACAUUGACGUAAAUCCUAGUACCAUGAAAAAUAGUGUAUGGCUCGAAGUGUUUUAUCUGAACAUUGGUUUAGAGAAUUCUUCAGUUUCUAUGUCAAUAUUUCUUUGGUUUGAAGUGUGUGAAAGAGGAACUGAGUUAAUCUCAAAGUAAACUAGUUAACCAAUUGUGAGUUGUACAGAAGAAAACCCUGCAGAAAACUAGUAUCCUGUAAAUAUUACUGACAGUAUAUACUAGUGAUGAACACCAUUU